AUCACCGAUCCUAAAACGCAAAGAUUUGAAGUUCCCCAUGAGCACGUGACAUCUUUCAGCGGUCCAGCAGCCUCCGAUUUAAAAUAUAAAGUUUAUGUCCAGCAAAAUCCCUUUGGCAUCAAGGUGGCCAGAGCAAGCAACGAAAAAGUUUUGUUCGAUACCACCAUCGGCCCGCUGGUGUACGCCGAGCAGUUCUUACAGCUCUCCAUCAAACUCCCCAGCAGCAACAUCUACGGGGUGGGUGAGCACGUGCACAAGCAAUACCGACACGACGUCAACUGGAAAACCUGGCCCAUGUAUUCACGUGAUCAAAUGAAAUUUUUAGCUGACAACACGGAUAACUUGUAUGGUGUUCAGACUUUCUUCUUGUGUUUGGAAGACACCACUGGAGCCUCUUUUGGUGUUUUCUUGAUGAAUAGCAACGCCAUGGAAUUCGCCCUGCAGCCAGCGCCAGCUGCCACUUACAGAACAAUCGGUGGAAUUCUUGAUUUUUACGUCUUCUUGGGAGAUACCCCUGAGCAAGUCGUGCAGGAGUACCUGAAG